GGCAAAGAGGGAAGUUGCAUUGCCUCGGGAGGCUCAACCGCAGGCUGGUGCGUGGAGGGAGAAGCCCACGGAAAGAGUACAAGUUCUCAGGUGGGAUCUGUGCGUUUGUCAUCAUGGUGAAGUCUUGCUGUGCCAUCAACUGCAACAACAAAUUUUCACUCGGCAAUAACAUCUCGUUCCAUAGGUUUCCUCUCGGGAGAAAAGAUCUGUUAAAGAAGUGGGUCUGGAACAUUCGGCGGAAGAACUUCUGUCCCACGCGCCACCACGUCAUCUGCUCGGAGCACUUCCAGGAGGCAGACUAUCUCGAGAACGUGGCUUCCGGGCGGCGGUACCUAAAGCCAGAUGCUGUUCCCACCGUUUUCAACAUACCUGAACGGCUGAAGAGGGGUGCUAAAAAGAGAAGACCUCUUCUCCGACGAAAACCCCCUGAUCCUGAACCGUCGAAGGCCAAGACCACCAAUAUAGAAGCACCGUCUCUCGGGAAUGAUGUUGUGGGUCUGGAGCACUCCUAUUCCCUCCCAGCAAGUCCAGCCCUGGAUCUUCUCCUGGCAUCUGUAUGGGAGCAAGGCCCAGCAGACCCCGAAGCAGGCAAGAGCCCCCGUCUCCUCCAGGCAAGGCCUAAGAGGGAAUGCAGGGAAAGAGCGAGGCCGAGCUUCCCAGAUGGGGCCACGACCAGCUCCAAUGGAGAGCGCCGGUCUUUCCGGGAGCUCCGCUACCAGGAGGCUGAUGGGCCCGUGGAGCUCUGCAGCUGGCUCUGGGAUCUUUGCCACCAGUGGCUGAAGCCAGAGAAGCACACCAAGCUGCAGAUGUUGGACCUGGUGAUCCUGGAACAGUUCCUGACCAUCUUGCCCCAGGAGAUGCGGAGCUACAUCCAGGAAGAAGAUCCUGCAAACUGUGACCAGGCAGUGGCCCUUGCGGAGGAUUUCCUGCAGAAACAGCGAGAGGGAGAGGUACAGAGGCCACCGACAGAGAUGUCAGCCACGACAGAAAAGUCUCCAUCUGCCCGGCCUAAGCUUCAGUCCAAGGGUACUGCAAAGGAGGAGUCUGGAAACACCACCUUGCUGGGUGACAGGAGUGCGAGAGCGUCCAGGGUGAAGGACGCUCAACAGGAAGGCCCCGCAUCUGAAGAAGAACUGACCCAGGAGAUAGCUUCCUCUGUGAUUAUUGAGACAGGUGAUGUGUGGGAGAGCGACAACGAAGGGGAGCUGUGCAGGACGUCAGUAGGAAACAAAGUUGUCGAGGUGGAAGGGAAUUCUGGAAACCAAGACGGAACAAAGAACCAGGAGGAAAACGAACCAGCUGAGAAGUGCGAUGGGAAACUUGCAGGACAUGGCCAAGUGCAGGUGAAUGAACAUGAGAGUUUUCCACUGGAAAAAACUCCACAAGACGGUGGAACCUCAUUGGAAAAAGCCAAAGGGGAACUCUUUCAGGGUCCUAAUGAAGAAGCGACAUCUGGAAACUUGGAGGGAAUGGAAGGCUCCCAGCAAGCCUCUCAAGGGAAAAUGCCAAAAGAAAACCCGUAUAAAUGUGCCCACUGUGAAGAGAGUUUCCAUAAAAGAUCGCAGUUGGUUAUACAUGAGAGGAGUCAUGCUGAGGAGAAGCAUAUUUGCUCGCAGUGUGGCAAGUUUUUUUCUUACCAGUCUGAUCUUGUAAGCCAUGAGAGAAGCCACAGUGGAGAAAAACCAUACCAGUGCCUGGACUGUGGAAAAAGCUUUCGUGAGAAAGCGUACGUCACUCAGCACAAGAGAAUCCACACAGGAGAGAGGCCAUAUGCCUGCUCUGAGUGUGGUAAAAGCUUCUUCCGCAGAGGAUCCCUUAUUCUGCAUGAGAGAAUCCACACAGGAGAGAAGCUGUACGAGUGCUCAGACUGUGGGAAAAGCUUCAAUCGGAAGCCUCAUCUUACUGUCCACAAGCGAAUUCACACAGGAGAGAAGCCAUAUGAGUGCUCGGACUGUGGGAAGAAUUUCACCGUGAAAUCUGCUCUUAAUGUACACAUGCGGACCCAUUCAGAAGAAAAGCCCUACAUGUGUUCUAUUUGCGGGAAAAACUUCCGUGAGAAAGGAACCCUUAAUAUACACAAACAGAGCCAUACAACUGAAAAACCAUACCAAUGCUCUGAGUGUGGGAAAUGCUUCAGUUACACAGCAUCGUUUAGGAGACACAAAAAGACUCAUGCCGGAGGUGCUGCCGUGAAAUCGUACGAAUGUCCCGAGUGUGGAAAAGGCUUUGGCCGCAAAGACUACCUUAUCACACACCGGAGGAUCCAUACAGGAGAGAAGCCUUACGUCUGCCCCGUGUGUGGGAAAGGCUUCAAUCAUGGCGCAACUCUCGUUACGCAUAAAAGGACCCAUACAGGAGAGAAGCCUUAUGAGUGCUCUGAGUGUGAUAAGAGCUUUAAACAGAUUUCAGGCCUUAUCACGCACCGGAGAACUCAUACCGGAGAGAAACCGUAUGAAUGUUCAGAGUGUGGCAAACGCUUUAUCCUGAAAUCAUACCUUGAUGUACACAAGAGAAUCCAUACUGGAGAGAGGCCAUUUCAGUGUGCUCAGUGUGGGAAAGGCUUCUCUUGCUCCUCUUACCUUUUGAGACAUGAGAAAACCCACACGGGGGAAAGACCACAUACGUGCUCGGAAUGCGGUCAAAGCUUUCACUGGAAACGUUCCCUAAUUAUGCACAAACGAAAGCACACGGGAGACCAGACUCUGCAUGAAUGUGUGAUCUGUGGCAAAACUUUCAGCUGGACAUCUGCUCUUGCUGUGCACAUGAGAACCCACACAGGCGAAAAACCGUAUGAAUGUUCUGAGUGUGGGAAGCAAUUCAGUGGCAAGUGGAUCCUUCUCCAACACAAGAGAAUUCAUACCGGAGAGAAACCAUACGAAUGCCCUGAGUGCAGGAAAAGCUUCCAUGCGAAAUCGUCCCUCCUUGCACACCAAAGAACCCACACUGGAGAGAAACCCUAUGAAUGCUCUGAGUGUGGGAAAAGCUACAGUGUGAAAGCAAACUUCGUUGCACACAUGAGGACACACACUGGAGAGAAACCUUAUGAGUGUUCCGAUUGUGGGAAAAGCUUCUAUAAAAAAGAUCGCCUGAUGACGCACAAGAGGACCCACACAGGAGAGAAGCCGUACCAAUGCUCUGUGUGUGGGAAAGGGUUCAACUGGAAAGUUGGUCUGAUUAAUCACAUGCGAAUCCACACGGGAGAGAAACCAUAUGCAUGCUCGAAGUGUGGGAAAUGCUUCCAUAAGAAAGAUCACCUUGCUAGACACGAGCUCAUUCAUACAGGCGAGAAACCCUAUGAGUGCUUUGAGUGUGGGAAAAGCUUUAAUCAAAAAGUAGCCCUUAUUGUGCACAAGAGGACUCACACAGGAGAGAAACCAUAUAAUUGCUCUGAGUGCGGGAAAAGUUUCAGCUGGAAAAAAUCCCUUAUUACACACAAGGCUGCCCAUACAGGAAAGAAACCCUACGAAUGCUCCAGUUGUUCAGAAAGUUUCAGCAGACGUUCCCACCUUGCAGAACAUGAAAGAACACACACAGUUUCAGCUUUUGUCGCUGCGCCUGCGGAACUCUCCGUUGAAGAAAUAAACACUGCCGUGAUGAAUUUGGAUUGCAAUACAUUUAUUUUGACCACAGUUGUGUGAAUUGGGAUCGUCAGAAGGGUUCUGGAAUCUGCCCUUUCUUUCAUAUGCAACAAGAGCAUCUUUAAAUAUAGUCAAGGAUUCUGUGGAAAAUGCAUCCCUUUCCAGUGUCUUGCAACCUUCCAGCUGCUUCAAGAAGACUGCAGUUUCUUCCAAGAAACACACACACACUCUCAACCCCCCCCCCUCAUGAAAUGCUCAUUCUUUUUAAGCCCCCACUGAUGUGAGAUAUGUUAACAUUCUAAGAUUUAAUAUUAUUGCUUGGAUUUUCUGAAGAAUCCAAAUAAAAUGCAUUUUCUAAUCUGAACAUGCAAAUCCAGGCUUUCUUAGUGGAGUAUCAGGUUGCGUGGAGUGUACAUAGGUGUGAAUGUUAAUGUAUAUGAUAUUUUGGGAAUAAGCCUAGGAAUGAUACAUAUGAUGUAUAUUAUACACAUGGGCUAUGAUUGUGAUCAGUCCUUGGAAAGGAUUCUUACUAUUUUCAUGUCCUGGUCUGAUCCUUAAAUAGGUUUGUGAUACCAUCUUUUCAUUCCCUGCUGUAAACUUCCCUCAUUAACUUCUGUUACCAGUCUGUGUUUGCCAAUAUUAUACAGACACCACUGUUAUCCAUUUAAUAAAUCAGAUUACCCCUCGGGCUCACCAAGGCAUAUGGAUUUCUGUAAAACCAGAAUCUGGCUUGUUCUUCUAGGUUUGGGACAGAAUUCUUCCAUAGCAUAUGAGAUGCCUUCAGUUCAAACCCUGGACCUGUCAAAUUGUUUAAAACUUCUUAGGAAAA